AUGUCAAAAAGAAACCUUCUAGAGAAACAAGAUAGCAAUCUAUCGAAAGGAUCUUUAGCCAGAUAAAACACAAAUCGAAAUCUCGCUGGUUAGAAAUCAUUCUUUUCCAAAUUUUCUAAUACUAUUUCCAAACCAUAAGAUGAAGAAAUAUAGUUUUUGGGUAAAGGGUAGGACUCGUGUAUUCGAGUUUUAUUUUAUUUGCUUUUGAAUUAUGAUGGAAUGGAGUAAUAUUUGAAAAAAUAAUCAGUCCUUACCCCAUUAAAUUCAUAUACUCCAGUGAUGAAAAAUUGUCAAGACUUAAGUCCUAUUAGAACAGAGUUGAUUUACUAUUUUUAAAUAAUAUCCGUAAGAGAUUUUCACGACUUUUAUGUUGAUUUUUAUGCUACUUUUGAUAAAAAUAAAAAUUUUUCCCUUGAGCCCCCUGAAUUUAAAUAACUCCUAGAAGUUGCAAUUGAUAAAUGCGUAGGUCCUAAAAAAUUUAAGGUUGUCACUGAUAUCUUUUUGAGUGAACCUUCAUCGUAUGAGAACUAAUUAAAUCCGAAGAUCUUAGGAGAAAUGAUAGAAAACUUUAGAGAUUUGGAUAAGGAAUCUAAAAUUGAUUAUUUGCUGCUGUUUCCUUAUAUCCUUAGCUUUUUCAUGGAAUAUACUUACUCAGAAAUAAAAUAUAGGUAGGGUAGAUUAGAUUUGAUGAGAGGCACUGAAAUAAUAAAGGGAAAAGAGGUAGAGAUAAAAAACAUUACAAGUUUAGUUACGAUACUUAGAGAGAUGGGAAUAGAUUAUCUUCGAGAUAAAAGAACUAACUGUUUGACCUAUCGAGAUGUCGAAAACGUUUUAAUUAAAUUAAAAAAUAUUUAGAAGUGGAUCACAUUUGACAUAAUCAAAUAGAUUAUUAAUUAAUUAGCCAAAUUGAUGUAGGUUGAUCCCAAAACUUAGAAUGAAGGCAAACCUUUGAAGUUACAUAAAAUUGUUAAUUUUUUAGCUUUGAAAUUAUGCAUUCAUCAAAAUUGUUUGCACGUAAGUAAAUAAGACAAGGAUAAAUAGAAACCACCCUCAGCAUAUUUAGAAGUCUUGGUCUUAUGGAAUACAGCUAUGUAUGGAUAAAUAAUGAAACAAUCAAAUUUUGAUUUAUAACUUAAACAAUUUCUAGAGAAACAUUACUAAAAUGUAGAAAGUUUUAAUAGAAUUGAAGCCUUGAAAGUAUUGGAAGCGUUUUUUAAGAAGAAAUUUCAAUUAAUACCUAAAGACUUAAUUAAGAUAAUUUUAGAGCAGCAUUCAUCUUUUUAAAAUAAGAGGGUUAUCAUUUAAUCACCAAUUACAAAAGAAAGCUUACAAAAUGAGCUAUAUUAAAUGAUGUGUAAAGAUGGAUAUCGAAAGCUACAGGAAUAUAUUCGUAUUAGUUAUGAGGGAGUGAAUAAAUCUACAAAUAGUGAUAAGAUUAAUUAAUAUAAAGGUCAGGGCAAAGACUUUAAUGAUGACCCUCAAAUCAAUUCUCCGAUUUCAAGUGAGAGACAAUUAAAAACAAAAUAAGUUGCAGAUCCUAAGAAAUAACAACAAUCAUAAAAUAAUAAAAAUAAUGAAUCUAAUUCAGAUAGUGAAGGUGAAUAAGAGGUCAAACCUAAGCAAAAAUUAAAACGAGCAGUAAAGGUUAUAAGCUCAGAAUAAGCAUUUGCAUAAAAAUUUGAUUAACAAAAAGAUGUUUUGAAAGCAUGCUUGAUUAUGGAUAGCUUUCUAAAAAGAUAAAAUUAAAUGCACCAAAAAAAUUUGCAGAGUAAAGUAUCUAAUUAGGAUUGUGAAACUCCAUAUAGAUAAGAGAAUUUAACAGAGAUAAAAUUAAGUUAAAAAGAUAUUUAAGAAUUUCAGGGGGCACCUUCUGAGUAGAAUAAUACUAAAGGUAAUACUAAAGUUAAAGAAUCUAAGUAACAAAAAGAAUAAUAUGUUAAUAAUAAGGAAGAUCAAAAAGAAUCAUCCAAUAUGGAAGAGAGACAUAAAUUAUAGCCUUUCCUAUUGGUUAGACCAAAGAUAAUAUUAAAGGAUAUCAAAAGACAGUCUUAAUCUUAAUCAGGUGACAUUUUCUCAGUCGCAGGAAAAAAUGAUAAAAAUGUUGGGCCUUCAAAUUUUAAGAAUGCUUAUUAUGGAAAUUUGAAUACAUAAUAGGAUGCAUCAAAAAUAAUGAAUUGGAGUACUUCUACUAAGAGUCAAGUAUUCCAAUUGACAGAUGAAGAUUUUAAGGAUGAUGAAGGGAAGUUCCAAGUUGUUAUUGAUGAUGUUUAGUUAUAAACUUAAAUUUAGAUUUAGUAAACCCAAGGGAAAAAUAAGAGACCUAAGGAUAGAUCAACGUGUUAUUAUUGCUCUAUUUAUUGA